AUGUUACUCAAUAGCGAAUAUGCUAGCCACAAGCUAUUAGUUGCAAAUCGAGGAGAGAUCGCUGUUCGAAUCAUUCGAACCGCUCAACGGCUAGGGAUAGCAACAUUAGCCAUUUAUACCUCAUCAGACGCCCUCUCGCCUCAUGUUGCCAUCGCAGACGAGACUGUUCAUUUGCAGACCCGUGCAAGCGACCAAGAGGAACUAGGAUCAGAGUCAAAGCUGUAUUUGUCAAGUGCUAGUAUCACCUCGAUAUGCAUGCAAUAUCGGGUUACUAUGGUUCAUCCAGGAUAUGGGUUCCUCUCGGAGAAUGAGGAAUUUGCUCGUUCUGUAGAGGCAGCUGGGAUGAUCUGGCUCGGUCCGCAACCGGACGUCAUUCGGAUCAUGGGUCUAAAACACGAAGCCCGGGUCCUUGCUGCAAAUGCUGGCUUGGAACUCGUUCCAGGAUCUCAAGGGCUUGUAAACACUCUCGAUGAGGCGUUAAACAUAGCAAAUACGAUUGGUUUUCCUAUUAUUCUGAAAGCGACAGCUGGAGGAGGAGGAAUGGGCCUCCUUGUUUGUCGAAAUCGCAACGACCUUUCCAAUUGCUUUAUUGGUGCUCAAGAAAGGGCGACUUCCUUGUUUCGCAACGGUGGAGUUUUUAUUGAACGUUACUACCCCGCGGCACGCCAUAUCGAAGUACAGGUGUUCGGUAACGGACUGGGCAAUGUGGUACACAUGGGAGAGAGAGAAUGUAGUGUUCAAAGGAGACAUCAAAAGGUUGUGGAAGAGACGCCGAGUCCAUUCUUCGCUGGUCAUUCUAGUCUUCGUAAAGAUAUGUGUGAUUCAGCCGUGAAGCUGUGCGAAACCAUCAGAUAUGCAUCCGCAGGCACCGUAGAAUUUCUUGUGGACGAUGAGUCGGGACAGUUUUUCUUCCUUGAAAUGAAUACCCGUAUCCAGGUUGAGCACGCCAUCACCGAGGCUAUACAUCCUGGCCUGGACCUCGUAGAAAUGAUGAUAGCGCAAGGGAUUGCACAACGGUCGGAAGCGAGAGGUCUUGAUCAUACAACUCAAAGCAUGACACAAGCUAUCUAUGACAAGAACCUUGUCGAGUCUCGUAUCCACGCCAUCGAGGCCAGGGUCUAUUGUGAAAACCCCUCCGAAAGCUUCAAACCCAGUCCAGGUAUCCUACAGCUCGUGGAAUUUCCAGAAGAGGAUUGGCUUCGAGUUGACAGCUGGGUGUCGACAGGAACGAAAGUGACUCGGUUUUUUGACCCUUUGAUAUGCAAACUAAUCGUGACUGGGUCAACACGAGAACAAGCAGUUUCCAGAAUGGUUCAAGUAUUGAAAGCCUGCAAAGUCUUCGGCCCGCCGAAUAAUCUGGCCUACCUCGCGUCAAUAUGCGAAAGCACUAUUUUCAAGGAAGGGAAGGCCACAACACGAUUUUUGGACAACUUUGAUUUCUCUCCAAGAGCAUUCACCGUCCUUUCAGCUGGUAUUGAAAUGACCAUCCAAGACCUACCUGGUAGGCGUAUCGGACUAGGCAUGCCGCAAAGCGGUCCCAUGGAUUCUCGAGCAUUCAGCGCAGCCAACAUAAUUGCUGGCAAUACACCGGAGACGGAGGCUUUAGAGAUCAUCACCCUCCCCGGCGCCGGAUGCAAGCUGAAAUUCCACAGCUCCGCUACUGUGGCAGUAACCGGCAAGCCAGCAACUGUCAAGGUCAACGGAGUGCAGGUAUCAAUGUGGGCUCGCCUCACCAUCUCCGAAAAUGAGACCCUCGAUAUUGGCGGCCUACCGGGUCCUGGGUUCAGAGUAUAUCUUGCAAUCAGAGGUGGCUUCCCUGAAGUGCCACCAUAUCUUGGAUCUAAAUCAACGUCGAUGGGUCUUGGUGGCUAUCAGGGAAGAUCACUUAGAGUCGGUGAUCAGCUUGCUUUAGGUUCGGAAACAUCAUCCGAGCAGGAUGAACCAGUAGCAUUCGUGCUCCCCGAAAACCUGAUCCCGAUUUAUCCUCAAGAUUGGGUUAUCCAAGUCUUGGCUGGACCACACGAUGAUGCCGAAUUUUUGACACCUGAAGGAAACACGAAAUUUUACUCGACGCAGUGGUCCGUUAGUUCAUCGAGUAACAGGAUGGGGAUACGGCUGGAGAGCAAUCAAAGCAUCGACUGGGCCCGCAGCACUGGUGGCGAGGGUGGAUCUCAUCCGAGCAACAUCCUAGACAACGGAUAUGCGUUGGGGACGAUUAACGUGAACGGAGAUACGCCCGUUAUCUUGACGAACGAAGGUCCAGAUAUGGGUGGGUAUGUCUGCCUGUGCACCGUUGCCAUUGGAGAAAGGUGGAAGCUAGGGCAACUGAGUCCCGGUAGCACAGUGACUUUCCGCAAGAUUUCGUGGCAGGAUGCACAAGAUUGUAGAAAAAGUUCGCUCAGAUGGAUUGAGACUGUGCAGGCCGCUGUCGCCGGAUCUCGACCACAGACUCCGGACUUCAUCGACGAUGCUUUGGAAGGUAUGGAAUUGUCUGGAAUCCUCCACAAGAAUGAGCCGCUAUCAGGAAGUCUGAGACCCGCCGUAACAUUUCGCCAGGCUGGCGACUCAGCAAUUCUUGUAGAAUAUGGAGAUAUGCAUCUUGACUUCACUCUUCGAGCGCGCGUACACGCUCUAGAAUCGGAAGUACGUAAGAGGAACGUCAACGGCAUAUGGGCGUUUGCCCCGUGCAUUCGCUCCACAAUGUGUCAUUAUGAUCCUGCGGUGAUUUCACAGGCGGACGUACUCGCGGUCCUAUUAAAUGUAGAACACUCAUUGCCAGAUUCCGCAUCAGAUCUUCUGUUCCCCGGGCGCAAGAUCACGUUCCCGAUUGUACUCGACGAUCAAUGGAGUCGCGAUGCGUUACAACGAUACAUGAGGACUACUAGAAAUGCCGCGGUUUAUCUACCCAGCAAUAUCGAUUAUCUCGCACGUAAUAAUGGUUUGGAUGGUGGCGUCGAUGAGGCACUUCGAAAACUGACGGAUUCUGCUUGGCUCGUUUUCGGUGUCGGCUUUUAUUUAGCUUGUCCUUUCUUGGUUCCGAUCGACCCGCGAUGCCGUCUCGUCGGGCAGAAAAUGAACCCUUCGCGGACGUAUACUCCUAGUGGAGCCGUCGGCAUUGCUGGUCCAGUGGCAGCCAUCUAUCCUGUCGUCUCACCAGGAGGAUACCAACUAUUUGGGCGCACUCUUCCAGCGUGGCAAACCUGGGGCAAGGGGCCCGAUUUUGCCUCCGAUCGACCGUGGUUGCUUCAGCCUUUUGACCAGGUCCUCUUUGAACCCGUCAACGAGAAACGCUAUCUUGAGAUUGAACAGGAAUUCAAUGCCGGACAGUACAAAUUCAAGAUCGAGCCGGCUGUCUUUUCCAUGGCGGCAUACAUGACAUUCAUUGACAGCAUACAGCAAGAGAUCACGGAGUUUAAGCGAAAACAAGCGGAAGGAACCGCAAGGGAGGAAGCAUGCGAGAUCGAAUUGUUGCGUGAAUGGCAAGCGCAGAAGGCGGCGAAAGCUCCACCCACACUAUUGGCGGAUGACAUAGAUGUUGUACCUGGGAGCACAAGCGUCACUUCUUCCAUGUCAGCGUCUGUUUGGAAGAUCAAAUGCCAGCCUGGAGACGUCGUACAAUCUGCCGAUGAUGUUUUGAUCAUCCUCGAGGCGAUGAAGACCGAGAUCAAUAUUUGUGCAGGAGAAGAAUGUAUUGGGAAGGUAGUCAAAAGCCUGGGUAAAGGGAUCAGGGAAGGGGCAAGUGUUCAAGUAGGGGAUGUUCUGGCGUGGUUUGAAUAGCGAAGCGUAGGCUCGUGUCAUUGGACUGCGCAUAAAGAUUCAAGAGUUUCCAGUAAUGCAAAUGCAUUACCCUCAACUAUACUUCAUAACGGGUCCUGAGACUACCACCUCCCAAGGCUCUCCCAUAUAAUCUCAGGUUCUUCUAAGUAGUGGAUUUUCCAGUCGCCCUCUUCCAAAGAGAUGAAACCACC